AUGCCCUUCGCCCAGCUGAUCAUCGGCCCCCCCGGCUCCGGCAAGUCCACCUACUGCGACGGCAUGCAGCAAUUCCUCUCCGCCAUCGGCCGCAAAUGCUCCGUCGUGAACCUCGACCCGGCCAACGAUCGCACGUCCUACCCCUGCGCGCUCGACGUGCGGGACCUGGUCACGCUUGAAGAGGUCAUGGCGGAGGAAGGGCUGGGGCCGAAUGGAGGAGUGCUUUAUGCGCUUGAGGAGCUCGAGCAUAACGGAGAGUGGUUGGACGAGGGCUUGAGAGGCCUUGGGGAGGAUUAUGUGCUGUUUGAUUGUCCGGGCCAGGUGGAGCUCUUUACGCAUCAUUCGAGUUUGAGGAAUCUUUUUUUUAGGAUACAGAAGCUUGGGUAUAGACUAGUAGCACUGCAUCUGACAGACUCAUAUUGUCUCACACUGCCUUCGCUAUAUAUCUCGACGCUCCUGCUUUCUCUGAGAGCCAUGCUCCAGAUGGACCUUCCACACCUUAACGUCAUGACAAAAAUCGACAAGCUCGCGAGCUAUGGACCUCUUCCGUUUAACCUGGACUUCUACACAGAAGUCCAAGACCUCUCAUACCUGCUCCCUCACCUAGCGAACGAGAACCCAGUGAUGCGGCAUCCUAAGUUCGAAGGUCUCAACAACGCAGUCGUCGAAUUAGUGGAAGAUUUCGGACUCGUAGGCUUCGAGACCUUGGCGGUCGAGGAUAAGAAGAGCAUGAUGACGCUGCUGCAGGCCAUUGAUCGAGCUGGAGGAUAUGCAUUUGGUGGUGCUGAAGGAGCGAACGAUACGGUGUGGCAGGUUGCCAUGAGGGAGGGGAUGACUGGGAUGACGAUCCAUGAUGUGCAAGAGCGGUGGAUUGAUCGAAAGGAGGAAUUUGAUGAGUUGGAGGCGAAAGAGCGGGAGGAAGAGGCUAGGGCCCAGGAGACGCCGCCGUUGACUGAGGACGGUGGAGAGGAGGAUAGUGAUGUUGAAGAGAUGGGUCCUGUCCCUGACAGCGGCGUGAAGGUGCUGCGGCGAUCAUGA